AUGUACUUCUUCCCGGGUCCUACCCCAGAGGAAGUAACACAGCAGUACUUGGCCCUGAUAGGAACUCCAACCUUACCAGCCUAUUGGGGCUUUGGCUUCCAGGCAGGCGUCCAUUUGGUUUCCAUGUUUGAUAAACAGCUAUAUAUUUUGCAGAUCUCUCGGUGGGGCUACAAAAAUUUCGCUGAGAUGAGGGACAUAGUCGAGAAAAACAUUCAAGCUGGAGUACCUGUUGAUACAGUUGUCGGAGACAUCGAUUAUAUGGACAGAUACAAAGACUUCUCAAUUGGAGAGAGCUGGCGAGAAUUUCCUGCGUACGUUGACCAACUGCACAGUCGUGGAAUGCGUGCAGUGUUGAUGUUCGAUCCAGCAAUUCAGGCCAAUUACGAACCGUUUGGAAGAGCAAUUGCAGCAGUUAGUUUCUGUCCAUCAUCUCCUUUCACCUUGGUGCAAAGAAAAUAUUUGCAGGGAGCAAAGUUUGGCCUCAAACAUAGUCACUUUCAGAGCCUGUAUCCUCUGGUGAAAGGAACGAAAAUUAUGCUCGGUGUCGUGUGGCCGGAUAACCAUACUGCAUUCCCCGAUUUUCUCGAUCUAAGCGGUAACACUGCCAAAUGGUGGAUUGACGAACUAAUGAGAUUCCAUCAUCAAGUCAGUUUCAACUCUGUGGGAAAGUCUAUCAGCCAGAAUAUCCUUUUCGCAAUCAAAAAGUAUGGUUUUGAGGGUUAA